UCGGUUCCGGGCGGCGGGUCGGGCAUGGCGGUGCCGCUGGAGUUGUUCUGCUGGAAGGGGGACUGGGGGCUGCCGUCGGUGGACAGUGAGAGCCUGACGGUGCUGGCUUAUGCCCGAUUUUCUGGAGCCCCCGUGAAAGUGCACAAGCUCAGCAAUCCCUGGAGGAGUCCCUCAGGGGUUUUACCGGCCUUGAAGACCGAGAAAGAUGUGCUGUCCCAGCCUCUGCAGAUCCUUGCGUACCUCAGGAAGCAGAAGUACAAUGCAGACUAUGGGCUGUCUGCCACACAAGGCGCGGACACGAUGGCUUUCAGCUCCCUCAUCGAGGAGAAGUUACUCCCAGCGCUGGUGAGUUCCGCGGCAAACCUCCUUGCGGGUGCUCUGAUGAUUCUCGAGCCGGGUUUAACCCCCUCUCUCUUCUCUUUCCCCGUCACCGGUCAGAUCUACAUGUUCUGGGUGGACUCCAAGAACUACGUGUCCUUCACACGGCCCUGGUACGGAGAGGCCAUCCCGUUCCCGCUCAACUUCUUCCUGCCGAACCGCAUGCACACGCGCUCGCUGGAGCGCCUCCACCUGAUCCGGGGGGGCCGGUGGCUGGAGAAUGAGGAGGCUGAGGCAGAGACGGAGAUCUACAAAGACGCCCGGGAGUGUUUGACGCUCUUGUCCCAGCGACUGGGCUCCAACAAGUUUUUCUUUGGCGACUCACCCAGUUCCUUGGACGCGAUAGUGUUUGGCCACUUGGCUCCCCUACUGAAGGCAAAGCUGCCCAACAGCAAACUCCAGCAGCACCUGCGCUCACUGGAGAACCUGUGCUCCCUCUGCACAUCCAUCCUUGGCCUCUACUUCCCCAACGACGGCUCAGACGCUGAGUGCAGCUUGAAGAAGACGGCCCGGAGCAACCCAUCGGAUUCCGAGGAAGACCCCCACAAGAGGCGCAACCAGAUUCUGUCGGUGCUGGUGGGGCUCUCGGCCAUGCUGGGCUACGCUUUCCUCAGCGGGAUCCUCUCCAUCCAACGGGUGGCACCCCACAGUGCGCUCAGGCAACCGUCCCCACUGGAAGACGAGGAGGAGGGGGAGUGAGGGUAGGGGCAGGGAGGAGUCGCUGGGGGAGAAGGGAACCUCUAUCAUCACCUACACUGUCCUGGGCACGUCAGUUGUCCAGCUCAAACACUGAUUAUCGGUAUAUUUACAAUUUUAACAUUUUCUGCCAGGUUCAAUCAUUUGGUAAGCUCAGGGUCUUAAAUUCUUCCGCAGAGUUCAGAGCCAAGAGUUCAAAUCUCUCUGUACACAGCUGUUGUGUUAUCAUGGAUUGGUAAGGACAGUUGCGGGGGUUUGCCAGUGUUGUUUAACGCUCCAGCCCCCAACAGGUGAAGAAGCUACAGGUUCGGUUUAAUCGCCAUCAGGAGCACCUUCCCUGUCUAUUGUGUCGCCUCACGAGGGCCACUGUUCAGCUGCUCUCUCACAGCCUGUCCCUUUAAAGCUGCUCAGCCCCGAGCUUCAUGGGUGGGCUGGAAUGCUAUAACUCUGUCACCGGUUGGAGCCCGUCACUGCAGCGUGACGCGUUUACAUAAGAAAAUUCCAUUAUACAACAGUGAGGGGGGAAGCUCACAGACUGUGACUGCACAAGGAUGUUAAAAGGUGUGGACAAUGUAGUGUGAGUGUUGGGAAUUAAAACACCUACUAUUUACUAA